AUGUCUAAAGUCGCACUAGUUACAGGUGGCAAUGGAAUAACAGGCUCAGCCAUCAUCGAGCACCUCGUGAAGAAUACGACCUCUGCCGAGUGGAGGAAGAUUGUCGUCACGUCGCGGUCGCCCUUCAAGACCACCGUUCACGAUGACCGUAUAAUGUUUUUAGCCCUCGAUCUUACCGAUAAUCCCGAUGCCUUGAUCAAAAAGAUGCGCUCAGCAUGCCAAGAUGUUACUCAUGCAUACUUCUCUUCGUAUGUACACAAAGACGACUUUGCGGAACUCAACCACGCCAACGAAAAGCUCUUCGCCAACUUCCUGGACGCUCUACUAGUCGUGGCUCCCAGUCUAGAGAACUGUACGCUUCAGACUGGAGGAAAACACUACAAUGUUCACGUCAGUCCCGUGCCAUCUCCAGCUCGGGAGGAAGAGCCCAGAAGGGAAAGUCCGCUUGGCAACUUCUACUUCGCCCAAGAAGACUACCUAACGACACGCCAAACUGGCCAGAAUUGGACUUGGAACGUCAUCCGGCCAGAAGCCAUUAUCGGCCACACGUCCAAGCCAAACGGCAUGAAUUCAGCUUUGACAUAUGCCUUGUACUUUCUCGUUUGCAAAGAGAUGGGCGUUGAGGCGCGUAUGCCGACGAACCAGCUGUAUUGGGAAGGAUACGACGACCUUUCCGACUCCAGACUUAUUGCCGACCUGACCGUAUGGGCCUCCACACAUCCACACGCUGGGAAUCAGGCCUUCAAUGUCGUCAACGGUGACUAUUUUUCGUGGAGAUACAUGUGGCCACGCAUCGCCGCCUACGCAGGGGCCCGCGCAACAAGUGAGCAGAUCUUUGAAAAGCCUCGUCCAUCAGAAGGAGAGACGCAACUAGAUCUCAGCUUGGCUGAGUGGGCUGUGGACAAGCAAGAGGUCUGGGAGCGCAUCUGUGAAAAGAACGGUUGUCCUGAAGCGAAGGCGACUUGGGCAUCUGGUACGUGGGCUUUCCAGGAUUGGGUGUUUCAGCGUACGUGGUCGGCAACGUUGAGCGUUAACAAAGCGAGGAGAUUUGGGUGGACCGGCCAUAUCGACUCGUAUCAGUCGUUGACUGGUGCGUUCGAUAAAUUUGUUCAGCUGAAGCAGAUACCAGCGUUACAGCAUAGUGGUAGUUUGUAA